AACAAUAUACUGCUAUUGACGUUACGAAAGACUCGAUGUUAGAUGUCUGAUAUAAACCGCUCUCAAAUGCAUUUUGAUCACCAAGUAGUUAAUCUCAUGUACAUUUCUAAUCAGAGCUCAACAUUUACUCAUAUUAUAUCGAUUUUAUAUUUCACAUUAUCUUCUCGAAAAUGAAAGAUGCAGAAAGGUCUUUCACCAAACAAAGUUGUAAGACUGAUGCGACCAGUGAAUGGCUUUAUAACAGUACCUCUUUUUGUCGCAUAUGUCUUGAAGUAGGCAAACCUAGCAAGAGACUUAUCUCUCCUUGUUACUGCAUCGGUUCAGUAGGACAAGUACAUGUGUCAUGUUUAGAACGUUGGCUGGUCUAUUCCAGUGCCCAAAAGUGUGAAAUAUGUGGCUUUAAAUAUAUUCUUCGGCGACGUUCUGUAUCGUUUAUGGAAUUUGUUAAAAAUCCUGGUACAACUGAAGAGAAACAACAAUUCAAAUGCGAUUUAUGGUUGAUUGUUAUGUUGUUGUGUUUUGCCAUAAUAAACCUCUGGAAAUUCCUGUUAGAAGUUAAUCAAAAAAUGUUAACAUUGAAUAGCUGUACAAUUUUCUUCUUUUUUGUUAGUCUUGUAGGUAUUUUACGCCAUUGCUGUCGAAUUUUGAAAUUAUGGAAACGUAGGAAACAAAGAGUCAAAAUCACUAGUUUAACGAGAAAAAAAUACAUCAAUCUCAAAACGAAUUCGAAGAAAACUAACAACGAGACAUUCAACGAUUUUCGCUCUCAAAAUAUCGAUGUAGUAAAGAAAUUUUCGGUAACGAGAAAUUAUGUUCCAAAGAUAGAGAGAAGCAAACCGUUUUACGCAUUAAGAAGUCAACAAAGUUUAACAAAUAGUGAUAGAAAUUCCACGGAAAUAUCAAAAUCAAAUGAAAAGAUGCUUUCGAAGAAUUCAAAUUUUGUCGUUUGCACAAGAAGCACUCAGAGACUCAGGAGCAAUGAGGCUUAACAUCUAAAUGAAUAGAGUGCGCAGUAUCUAUCGAGGAAAGCAACACAAAUAGAAAAACCAUUUAGAUUACCGGUAAGAUACCAGUUUUAAAAGAAAUUAACCACAUUUGUGAAAGAAAAGAUGAACAUUAAUAAUAUUAGGAUAUUAAUGGUAAUAACAAU